GCCUAUAUAUUUGUCAAACGAGGCGUGCCGCUUUCUUUAAGACGACGUGAGAAAUAGGAGGUUUAGUUACUUUGUUUAAUGGUUGAAAAUGAAUGGUUUAAACGAGGAGAAACUAGACGCGAUUCCUCGCUUGAAGCGCUUUGUUUGCGGUCAUGAGGGCUGCGCUGCGGCGUUUUCGAGGGAGUGGCGCUGUAAGGAGCAUGAAAGCGUGCACACUGGUGAGCGACCCCUACGGUGCCCCGCGCCGGGCUGUGAACGCAGCUUCUCCAGGAAAAAGCACCUCAAUCGCCAUAAACUUGGACAUACAGGAGAGAAGCCUUUCAGGUGCACCUACGGGAACUGCGGAAAGCGCUUUCUCAGCUCGAGGUCCGUGCAGAGACAUGCGCAAUACAGCCACGGUAACAAGGACGCGUACUUCAAGUGCCAUUACCCAGCCUGCACCCUGACGUUCAGGAAACGCAAGGCUUACAAGAUGCACCUGAAGGUCCAUGGCGUUACCCCAGUUUUCAAGUGCACGGUCAAGGGCUGCGUGGCCACGUUUGAGACCCGCAUUUCACGCAGGGCCCACGAAAGGAGACACUCGGGGUACGCUUGCCCUAACCCUGGCUGUCAGGUGGUGGCGCCCACCUGGGAUAAGAUGGUCAAGCACGCACGCCAGCACCCAGCCACGUACACCUGCAAGCAGUGCCAGAAGGCCUUUGACAGACGGAAGGCGCUGCGCCGCCACAAGCGCUGCCACGUCCAGCAGAAACCUGCCCUGCACUGCCCCCGACUCGGCUGCCCCGCCCAAUUCUCCACCACGUUCAACCUGCAGCACCACAUCCGCAAGGUGCACCUGCAGCUGCUCAAGUACCACUGCAGCCAGCCAGGUUGCCAGCGCGCCUUUGCCAUGCGUGAAAGCCUGAACAGACACCAGGUUCACCAUGACCCUUAUGCUUCCAGGCUGAAGCAGAAGCAACGGCAGCGGUCCAGCAAGAGUUGGCAGAAGCGCCUUGUGGGUUACGGCCAGCGCCCCCUAGUGGAGGAUGACCUGAGUCGGCUGUUUGCCCUGCGCAUGCGACUCCGACGGCGCCUCACGAUGGAGGCCAACCUCUCCAAUCUCUUCAACGAGCGCAAGAUCCCACGGCCUGUGGCGCAAGAGGUCAACUUGCGUGAUUUCUUCAGCCUGAAGCCCGUCUCUCCACCUACUGGUUAAACCUUGCGGGAAAGGAUUUUUGGGUUGGGUAGUAACCCUUAAAGUACUAUAGUUUGUUUAAAUGUGAGGUAUUUAGUUGCCUUUCAAUGGCAUGAAUUUAACACAUUUUGGAUUCUCAGUUUUUCUUUUGUACGUUGUGUUCUGUAUGCAUCAAAAUUGGUUAAUUGACCAAAUAAACUGCCCAGAGACCCACUGCCUUAA